GUCAGUACCCUGUUGAUCCUGCUCUUGCUGCUCUGACCCAUUGGUAAGGCGAAGUCAGUCUUUUCGCACUAAUGAGCUGGCGGUGGAUUUUGGUGAUGUUUACUCGCAGUUUGCCGGCAGCUUUGAAGACUUCACAGGGUUAAGAUCUCGAUUACAUCAUCGAGUUCAGUCAAACAGAUCACGAGCGGCCAUCUUUUUUGCCCCAAGAUUAACAGCUUAGGUUCCAGCGACGUGAAAACAACAAACAAGUUCAACUUCACGCGCAUUUCAGUGCUCAGGCGAGAAGACAGGUUUUGGGGAGCCGGGCUUCCUGGAAGAUACGGGAAUCAGAUAGAUCGCACAUCCGUCCCCCUCCAGUAGCUGCGGAGACGCGCAUCACCCCCCACCCACCUCUCCUUAGGAGAGAUGGAGCCCCGGGGGACAUCGGUGGCGGGGGGUGACCGGGUGUCGGCAGGGGCGACAGCGCCCAGCCCACGGAGUGAGUCGGUGACCCAUGAGUUGGAGGAGCUGACCCUGCAACCCGCCAGCUGGGGCAAGAACCACAGCCUGCCAUCGCUGAAGGACCGCAAGAACGCCCUCCAGCUCCGCCUACAGCAGAGACGCACUCGUGAGCAGCUCGUCGACCAGGGCAUCAUGCCACCCCUGAAGACCCCUGCAGCCUUCCAUGAGCAGAUCCGCAGCCUGGAGAGAGCCAGGACCGAGAACUUCCUCAAGCACAAGAUCAGCAGUCGGCCGGAGCGCUCCGAGCUGGUCCGCAUGCACAUCCUGCAAGAGACCCACGCCGAGGCCUCCCUCCAGGCCACCCAGCUGAAGCUGAAGCGGGCGCGGCUGGCUGACGACCUCAAUGAGAAGCUGGCCCUGCGGCCAGGCCCCAUGGAGCUGGUGGAGAAGAACAUCCUGCCGGUGGACUCCAGCCUCAAGGAGGCCAUCAUCGACCCCGCAGUCGGCGAGGUGAACUACCCCAAGACUCAGGACGUGUACGCCUUUGAAGAGGACAGCAGCGAUGCCCUGUCCCCCGAGCGGCCAGCCAGUCGGGACUCUCAGGGCUCGACGGCAUCCCCCAGGGACCCCAGAGCAGCCGACACCCCUGGCUCUGUCCUGCAGUUCUGCCCGCCCACCCCCCAGCCGCCAGCAGACUCCCUCAGGCCGGCCUCGGCCAAUGAGAACCUGGUCCAGUCCCGGGCGGCCGCCUCUCAGCCAAUCACCGCCACCACCGCUCCCUUGAAAGCAGGGCCCACCCUGGUGAAGCAAAGCCAACCCAAGCCAGCCGCUGAAAAGAGCCGUGGGAAGAAGGGCAAGGAGGCCAGGCCAAGGGUGAAGAAGCUGAAGUACCACCAGUAUGUCCCCCCGGAUCAGAAGCAGGAGCCCAGUGAGCCCCCUAUGGACUCAGCCUAUGCCCGCCUCCUGCAGCAGCAGCAGCUCUUCCUCCAGCUCCAGAUCCUCGGCCAUCAGCAGCAGCAACAGAGCUACAGCUACCAGGCCAUCCUGCCCGCCUCCCUUAAGCCGAUGGCAGAGGUGCAGAACGGCAGUACUAGCCUGACCCUGAGCAAUAGCGGCAGCCUGUCUGCUCCCAUUGUGGUGUCUCUGCCCACUGCCUCCCCAACAGGUGCAAGUAAUGCCCUCACCAAUCACAAGCCUGGGGCCCUACCAGCCAAUCUGGAUGAAAUGAAGGUGGCAAAGCUGAAGCAGGAGCUGAAGCUGAGAGGGCUUCCCGUCUCGGGCACGAAGACAGAUCUGAUCGAGAGGCUGAAGCCCUUCGUGGAGAGCGCUGCCACAGACAGCCAGCAAGGGGCAGCAGAGAGCAUGAGAUCCACAUCCCCCGUCUCCCCAGUCACGUCUGAGCUCUCCAACCUCAGCGCUGAGGAGGCGGGCUCUGGAGACCCCCAGGGUGAGGUGUUGCCCUCUCAACCCACCCUGCGAGCCUCGCCAGGGCAGCCCCUCCUCAAGGACCCUGCCCCAGGCCCACGGGUCUCUGAGCGAGACCAGCGCCUGCAUGAGAAGGAGAGGCAGAUCGAGGCUCUGAGACGGCAGCUGGAACAGGAGCAGCGGCUGGUGGAGGAGCUGAAGAUGCAGCUGAAGGUGGUGGAGAAGAGGGGCCAGCAGAACUCCCCCCUAAAGGAGGAGAAUGGGGUCCCCCUGAGCUGCUCCACCCCCCUGGGCCUGCCUACCCAGCCCGUGGUGGUCAAACAGGAGGAGCUUCUCUCAAACCCCCUGCCGGCUCAGCCACAGAUGGCUGGCCUGCCUCAGUUCUGCAACAGCCCCCAGCAGGACCCCCGGGCUCCCCCGGUGGUCAGGCACCAGCCCCUGACACUACUGACAUCCCAGCCUGGCACACAGAUCCUCCUGCCCAUCUCCACUGCCACCAUCCAGCUGCCUAGCAACAGCAUCAACCUGCAGACACAGCCAGUCCUACAGGCCGCCAUCUCCACUCCAGCCCCAGGCUUUACCCAGGCCUGUGCAUCUCAGCUUCAGCCUCAGAAAGGAGAGUCUUCACCUGCUCAGCAGCUACCCAAUCAGAGCCAGCAGCAGCUACCCAGUCAGGGCCAUCACAUGACAAACGCCUUCCCAGUGUGCAGCUCUCCCAGCUCUGGAGGGGGUCCUGAAUUGAGUCAGGCACAGACAGAGGCAUCCCAGUGUUUCUUGAACAGCACCUCAGACAGCAGGCCCCACCCUAGACCUGCUCUCAGCCCUGCACUUCAUAAUGGACCCACAAGCAAGCCCCCCUCCCCCUCACAGCCCACCUUCAUUCUCCAGCGGUCCACCUUUACUGGCCACGCCCCCAAGUGCAAAGACCCGCCCCGCUACGAGGAGGCUGUGAAACAGACCCGCAGCAUACAGGCACAGGUUCCCACAGCAACCAGCCAGCAGAUGGAUGAUCUGUUUGAUAUAUUGAUCGAGAGUGGAGAGAUCUCGCCUUUUGUGAGUCAGGGCCUGCCGUCUCCGGCUGUGACGGCCAGUGUCACCACCCUCCCUGUCAGCACAGCCCUGUCUCGCCCCCCUCCGCAGGUGCAGGUGGCCCCCCCGCCUGCACCGACCCUCGACCCCAUGCUGAGCCGCGACUCCACCCCCUCCCUGGGGGCCCUAGCCUCGGACCGGCAGCUGGAGGCCUUCCUGGAGGACACGCUGUCGGCUGAGCCAGGCCCGCAAGCUCUGCGACUGAUCGGAGGGCUGCACUGCCCCCUGCUGGACUCCGCCAUGGACACCUCAGAGCUGUCUGCGGCCGACCCCCUUCCCUCCCACGCCGCCUUCGAUGUGAGCGAUGGCAGGCUGGAAGGCAUGGAGUGGCUGGACCUCACCGCUCCGACGGGGCCCGGGGGAUCACUCAACCCGCUCGGCAGUCUCUUGCCAGCCACAGUCUUCUCGUCGGACCUCCUGGACAGUCACAAUCUCCCGCUCCAUUGGGACUGAGGGAUUUCAGAUAGAUCUGGCACUCCUUAAGACCUGCAGAAAGGGUGCUGUGGGCCUCCACCCUCCCUUUUCUGUGUGAUGGUCCACUCCUCCAUGAGAUGAGAGGGAAUUAAUAGUACAACCUGGCAAUUGGAGAAUGGGAGGUCAUGUAGGGAUACUACCAGGAGGUGGCAGUCAUCAGUCAGAGACCCUGACACACCCAGCCCAAAGCCUGGGUUUUUACAGGUCUGUGUGGCUACUCCUUGGCAGAAUGCCCCCAGUCAUUUGGAUUGAGCUUUUCCUCCUUGCUCUUAGGACAGAGGGUUUGGCAUUAGGGGUCUCCACCCACAAAAGGUGAUCAUGUCCCUGUAGUCCUCUCCACGGAUGUAACAUCUCUCUGACUUGGCUCUAUAGCUUCAACUGGAGCUGGGGUUAGGAUUUUGUUUUAACAAGAACUAGCAUUUUGGUACGUACAGAUACAAGUGCUUUUUUUUUGCUGAUAGGACCCCUUGUGGACUGAAGGAAGCACAGGGUCUCUUAGUUGACUGUCUCAGCAACGGAUUCAAUUAGUAAAGCUAUGGAGCUUCAUUAUACUUUCCCCCUUUGAGAUCAGCAUCAAGCGUUAUACAUUCAGGAUGCUUCGGGUUACUGGUAAGAUUAGUUUUGGGUUAAGGUUAUAUUAAGAUAACCUUAUCUUAAGGUAAGAUUAGUUUUGAGUUAAGGAUAGGGUUAGUAGCUAGAAUUUACUAGGGCAGGACUAGGAUAAGCACAGGAUUAUUACAAGUACAGUUGUCUAGCUUCAUCUAACAUACUUUCCCCAAAAACUUGAAAGAUCUAGGAUGUUUAUGCUUGCUGUUAGUGUUAAUGUUGGGGUUAGGAUAAACAUCACUGUUAGGGUAGAUUUGUGGUUUGGGUAAGUGUUAAUGUAGAGUUAGGGAUAAGGUUGGAGUUAGGGUGAGGGUUAGAGACAUCACAUUCGUGGACAGGAUCGCUUUCCACAAGACCUUUUUAGGCAGAUCUCCCUGUCUGUAGUGAGACGUACUCUGAGGAUGUGGCCAUCAGGAAUUUAAGCUUCCUGUCAAGUACCUAUCAGAACCAAUCCGACUCUCAGACAGAUGGCAUCUCCCCAUGUGUGGGAACGCUCAAAUCCCUCAUGGCUCAGCUGGCCCCAGCGAGUACAACUGAACCUCUCCAAGUCUCUGAAAGUCCAGGGUCACAGCAACACGGCGGCUGACCCUAACAAAUCCCUGAAACGGCUCGUUCUGUUUUUGUUUUGUUUUUUCCUCUUUCAGUUCAGCCUCAGUGGAUUGUAUUUCCUGGCUGCCCCUUGUAUCUGCAGCAGCUGUGUCAGCUGUUGGCGGCUGUAGCGGGUCGAAGCAACCGCGUCAGACCCCCUGACGCAUCGACACCUCGGCCCAGUGACAAAGCCACAUUCCUCUGCAGGCUUCAGGCACAUACAGGCCCAUGGGAAGGCUCUCAAUGACAUGACUCAUGGGAGGUGCAGGCCGAGAGAUUCAGAUGUGGAAAAUUCCAGGUUUCCAAUGUGCCACAAUUUCAAAUACCAGAGUCUUUUUCAAAUCAAUAUAACUGUCAUGAUCUACUCUUGGACUUGCACAGAAGAAGAAUUAUGGAGUGAUAGCUGGGCUGAUGUUUCAUCCUUUGAGGGUAAAAAAAUACUUCAUUGCUUCAUUCUGGGGAAGGUAUUUUUUAAAAGCACCGUCAUCUGGAGGUGUGGAUCCAUGUGACUUGGCAGAACAGAGAAGGGCGGGGCGGGGCACAGUUUGGGAAGACCCCAUGAAUUGUGUAAACACCGCCUACAUUCCACGACCACUGUACCCCACAGAGGAGAAUUUAUUGAUUUCAGCCAGUGAAAGUUACCGUUUCUGCCACAGAACAUUCAUUUUAGUGUCUUUCAUACCUUUUCUAUCUGACCAUGUCUGUACAUAUUUUAUUGUUUUUUUAAUAUUGCUGAAGUGUUUGUAUAUUUUUUACAUUGUGUUUUGUAUGUGGUUUUAGUCACUCUAUAUUCAAUGUGUUGCUGGACUAAUGUCUGCAGAUGAGUCAGUGUGUGCGUGCCUGCCUGCUCAUGUGCAUGCCUGGGGGAGUGGGGGAGAGAUAUGCCAUUAUGCUGCACUACAGUCUUGGCCAGUGCGAUGCUCUGGGUCAGAAGUACAACGCCAAAGCAUAAGACUAAGCAUUGGAACCAAAAUCACACUGUCCUGUGUCUACAAGUGCUUACAUGCCAGCCUUAUUUUUAGUAAGAUCUGGGGUACAAGUUAUUGGGAUCUGUAAGAUAUGGGGUACAAGUUAUUGGUAUCAAAAAAAAAAAAAAAAAAACAGUGGACACAAUCCUUUUGUCACUGCACACUAGCACCACCUUCAGGCACUGGUGUGAACAGACUUUAACCCAAAACUUUAACAUACUCUGUACUUGGCAUUUGAACCUGCUCAGGCUCGGCCCAGUUCCUUUUCCACUAUUCUGCUAGGAAUUCCAGGCCCCUUACAUGUAGAUUUUUGUUUUCAUGGUGAAUCAGAAGAUGAGAGACACCGUUUUCAGGCCUUUAGAUAUCAAUCUGACCAAAGGCUCUCGUGGUGUCAGCUGUGUGUGCGUGUGUGGUCUUUCUAUUUGCAUUCUGGAGAUGUGUGCUGCAGUGGAAUCGAGUCAUGAAGAAUCAGGUCAGGUGUGAGUUUGUUUAGCAGACGAGCACUGUCAGGCUGGGCCACUGGGAGUUUGCCUGGCCUUCUAUCCUUGUGACAGAAAGGGAACAAUACGGUCGAAUCCACUCCCUGUCCUUCGGUUUUGUUAAAUGGGACAGUAUUCAUUCCUGCUGUAUGUGUGUGUUUGUGUGAGUAUGCAUGUAUACUCAAUAUGUGAGUGAGCGUGUGAGGAAGCUAGCUACAAAGACAGAGCAGAUACAUAUUCAAAGACAUAUUCAAAAAAUGAAAAUUUACUACAAAAAAGCAC